AUGUGUUCUGUCUGUUCUAGAAAUUUUCUUGGCUCAGCCAUGGGCAGCAAGACUCUGCCAGCUCCAGUCCCUCUGCAUCCAUCACUCCAGCUGGCUAACUACUCCCUUCUCCAGAGCUCUGGAGGACUUCAGCUGCCAACAGACCACUUUCACAGCAUUUACAGCUUCAGCGCCCUGCAUGCCAUUCAGCUUCACCAAUGGACCCCGGGUUACCUACCAAUGGUCCUGCCUCACUGCGCCAUCUCAAAACUGCCUAUCCAAUUCUCCUCUAUGGCCUCCAUCCCUAUUUUCCCUCACCACCUGCAGCCAAAGCAUGACUCAACCGGUCGGAUUCAGAGCUCAAAGAACAAGCCUCGGUUUGACUUUGCCAACUUAGCCACAGCAGCCACUCAAGAAGAUCAUCUGAAGGCAGAAGACCUAAGUAUGUCAGGUGUUGCUGCUGCUGCUGCUGCUGCUGCUUCAUCCCACCAUUCAGAGUCAAAUAGCCUUGGUUGCCUCCUGGAUGUGACUAAGAUCCCCUACCCAGAGCGCAAGUCCAGUCGAGGCCGGUUGCCUUCAAAAACCAAAAAAGAGUUUGUCUGCAAAUUCUGUGGCCGUCGUUUUACGAAAUCCUACAAUCUGUUAAUCCACGAGAGGACACACACAGAUGAGCGGCCAUACACUUGUGAUAUCUGCCACAAAGCCUUCAGAAGGCAGGACCACCUCCGAGACCACAGGUACAUCCAUUCCAAAGAAAAGCCCUUCAAAUGUCAAGAAUGUGGGAAAGGCUUCUGUCAGUCCAGGACUUUGGCUGUCCACAAAACAUUACAUAUGCAAGUCAAGGAACUCAAACCAGCCAAGAUUAAGUGA